UACUGAAUAUGCAUAUAAAAUUUCACGAAAAUCGGUCGAGCCGUUUCGGAGGAGUUUAACCACAAACACCGCGACACGAGAAUUUUAUAUAUUAGAUUUAAUUAGGAGCAACUCAUUUCCCUUGGCAAAAAAAUUUGUUAAGAAGCUACAAGCGUUAUACACAUUUCUUUUCGGAAGCUUUCACUACUAUUGAACUUUUUUAACAUAAUGUUGAAAUACAGAGGUGCAAAUAUUACCUUAGGUAAGUAUUAUAAUGAGACGAACGACGAAUCCAUGGAUUCAGCGUGCGGGUGCCCGGUCCGUCGCGUGGCAAAGAGAGAAACUCCGAGCGGUUUUUAAGUAGGUUUAAGGAGGUCCCCUUUGAAAUGCGUAUCAACGCUCAUGUUCACUACCGGAGUCGCCCGCCCUUCCUAGCCAAAUUAGAUAGGAGCCGCCUGUUAGUGCAGCCUUAGUUGCUCAUUCAAAAAUUGAACUCAGUGCAGUUCUCGACAGGCCAAGGUCUUUUAGCAGAUUAUAGAGAGAAUUGGCUGGUAUACCUCGCUCUUACUUCUACCACAUAAAAUUAACCACAUAGCUAUUUUUGGUUAGUUCGUUUGUUAGAUCGUUAAAUUUAUUCAAUUUCAUUGUAUGGUCUUUUGGAAUGUUAGUUUCCCAUGGUACAGUAAGCCUGCAUUGCAUGUUAUGUGAUCCCGUGAAAUUUACAAGAAAAUAUCAUAUUUUUAGCAAAACCGACUUUAAUUUGUUAUGUUGCCUCGAUAAAGGAUCUUUAUCACCUCUAAUCUGAGCCUCUACGGAAACUUAUAAACUUUCAGGCAAAGACAUUAAAGUAAUAAACUAAAUCUAUUUGAUUACGGACAAACUUAACAGCGUACGAGUAUUUGUUUACCUCUGCAAUAAUUCCAAAGACACGAGUGUGGGCAAAGUCUCCUGUAAGUACCUCUCGAAAAUCUUAUAGAUAGUAAAAGGGUAAGGUAUGUUACGGGUUACGGGUUAUGCAUAUUCGAACACAAUGCCGAGUAUUUGCAAAAACGUGGUAAUAUAGAUAACAAUAGAGCUUUUGGUAUUUUGAGCUUUUGCUUAUAUGGUGUCUUACAUGCCUUUAGUGAGUUUUAUAGGGAAAAUUUAUAGUAACUUCUAUACUCGAUUUUGUAAGCAUUGAAAAUCUCGAGAAACUUUUGUACUCGAUUUUGUAGGCAUUUAAAUGAAAACCUAUGUUCGGAAUAUUAAUUUAUCGUUGCGAGAUUGGUUAAAUUGUAUAAAUUUAUGUUUGGCAUUAAGUUUGGCAUACAUUUUGCGAAGCGCUAACGAUUUAAUGUAGAUACAUGUGUGUAUAGGUAACCGGAUUACGUGUGGUCAUAAAAUGAAUCGAUUCUCUGGUUGAACAACAGUAGGUAAUUUGGUUAACGACAAAAUGAAUACAUAGUUAUUUAUCAACGAUUCUUUGUUCAAGGUGCUGAGUUAAAAUGAUAACGACUACGCGGGAAAUGUAACCGGAGAAGUUCACCACCACAUACUGAACUGUGUCUAAGAAAACUGUGAACAAAAUCAAAAUGGCUGUAUCAAAAGGAAGGAUCUAUGUACGAGGGGCUACGGUGUUGGUCAUGGUUGGGGGGACGUCAGCCCGGGUCGCUGGCAAGAUGGGUGGCUACUCCAACAAAAUGGGAGGGAAAUCUACAAGUGGCAUCAACGAAGAGAUUAUUUGGAUCAGUAUAAGCAUGGCAAUAGCCAUCGCGGUCCUCAUAGCAAUCGCUCUAUGCUACAUCCUCAAAGAGAAGUGUAGUAAAAGAAAAGCAUACAGAGAACAGUCAUGACGAUAUAAAGAAGAGUUUGCGAGGCACGCCCUGGCAGACUCGUUGAUUGAUCUCGACUUCCCGGACUAUACGCUCUACCCGCAGUACUCGCCCGAUGGCAAGGAAUACUAUUACAAUUUCCACCGCUUUUCCUAUAUAAGAAAUAGUUUUAAAUUACCACCCAAAGACUAUCCCGUCAAGUCCCAGGAGGUAUAUAUCAAUGCAUGAAUCAUUUUUGAAUAAGUUACACUGCUUGUGGUAGCCAUCUGGAGUUUUAAGAUCUAAAUAUGUUUAUGCAGGUACAGUCUACAAAUAUAUAGGAUACAGGCUAUAAUGAUAUACCUACUUUAACAAGUCCACACAUUAUUCAAUAUUCAUGGAUGACAUUGUAGUAUAAAAACUUGUCAACAUCCCGGUAUUCGUUUAAUUUGGCUCUCAAAUUUUACGGAAGAGAGAUUAAUUAUACUGUUAGAUGCAUUACUUUAUUAAAAUAAAAUAAGUAACUUCACUUGUAUUGCUAUGCUCUCUAAGUAAGUAAAGUAACUGAGGCAAUUGUGUGGAAAUCAGAAACCACAAAGGUACCACAAACACUGUAUAUACCUGAGACAAAAAAAAUACACGGGAAUUUGACUGGAUCAAUGAUACUUUACUUAAGUCAUUGGACUGAAUAGUAAAAUUGAUGAAAUAGUAAUAUAGAUUGUGUUAGAGAGGUGUUAGAUAUUUUAGAUACCUACAAAGACUACCUAAUGGCAUAGUCCGAGGUGCAAAUACUUUGUAAAAUAUGUGAAAUAGUCGGAGUAUAUAGUUCUCUAAAAUAAUAAGUAAACUCAAGCCCAAAAUAUUAUAUGUUGUAUAGUAUCAUAUAUUUAUGUCGUCUCGUCGCGGCAUUUUGGCUAAAAGGCUGUCAAUUUAUUUAUGCCGUGGUGUCGCAACCUUCAAUGUUCAGCCCUUCAACCUUCGCAUGUGAUAAAAUGUGAAAACCAGCUAAAUGAUUUUUUUUUUCUUAUUAAGUGUAUGUGACUUUGAUAAUCAUCGAGUUAUGCAUUUUUAAAAACUUUUAGGCGUUGUUAAUACCUACAUCGAAAUAUGACGUACCUACUGUAAAUAAAAAUUUUAGAAAAUUUGUGAUGUAAGUAUGUAUAGUAAUUAUAUAUUUUUAUUUUUGUGUAAAAAAUCAAAAAAUAAAGUAUAUCAUUGUUAACUACAUAGAAUAUCUUGACAAAUAUUGAAGGUAUUAAACUUAUCAACAUGUCAUGAAGUACUACCUCACUGAUUUCAGGAACUAACUGGCAAAUUACAUAAUUAUGUGAAAAUAUUAAUUUAUAAUUACAUGUUGUAUAACAUAAAGAACCGAUGCAAGAAGUUGUGUAAAUAAAUAAUAUUUUGGUGUUAUUGAAAUAAAAAUAAAUCAAAACCAACUACAACAAAAUAUUAGCUAUUCGUUUAUUUGUUAAUAAAGUCAACAUACAAAUCAGCAUAUUUGAUAAAGAUUCUUUAAGAAAACAUUUUUUUGCAAAUAGUACCUCUGUACUACCACUUAUACAAUAAAGUACCAAGCAAUAUCCAUGAGUUAACCAUAAAUAAAUUCAAAUAUAGUAUAAAAAAAGCACUUAUUAAAAAAGCUUAUUACAAAGUGUAUGAUUAUGUUACAGACAAAGAUGCUUGGGUUUGAACUGAUCCAAUCAUUCCAACAGGUUUUCUAUAUUUAAUAAAUCAUGAUUGUAUUGACGCUGUAACAACAUAAUAAUUUGUAAAUGUAGUUACAUUAAACUUUUAAUGUUAUGGAGUUUUUUUCGCUCGUUUUUCUGCGCAACUAAAAAAUAUGUCCAAUAAAUAAGGGAAAAAAAAUUUUGGACGAUUCAAAACAGUUUUACUAUACAUCCAAUUUGAAUAAACACAUAUUGAUUUCUGAUGAUGGCGGCUACCUUUGAUAUGAAUUUGCAGUUUUGUCUACGAAACUUUCAUAACAUAGGGGCAAAAUUUAAACUCAUUCGAACAAAUAAGCGUAGGUUAACUUUGCGUAGGGUUAGUAUAUUGACUUCCAAGGCCUGCUGUCAUAAUAUGUGAAAGGCUCAAUCCCAGUGAAACAAGCUAUUCUUGAGAAUUUCAGCUUAUCAAAAUUGAUGUAAUAAACCUGCUCUCAGCUCUUAAUCCAUAAAAUUAUACAUACGUAAGAUUAUAUAUGGAGGUACGUUACUCAUUAGGAAUUCUAUGCGGCCCAGGCUGGAAUGGAUAAGAAAAAACAUGAAUAAUGUUGGUAAUAAAUUGAGCUCUCAGAAACUUUACAAAUGUGCUUGUAAAUGUUUUCAUAACCAUUUUGGUAUGUUAAGAUUGCUAUACAAAUUGGUAAAAUCUAUUUACCUGUACAAAUAAUAAGUAUUCACAAUUUGUAAAAGUGUUACUUUAGUGUUAAAUAACAUCUACUUAUAUCCGAAUUUUAAAAGGAACACUAUUUUAACAAAAACAAUGUAGAUAAUGUGCCAAAGUGUUUCGUGUAAUAUAAAAUUAAUUAUUUAACGUGGAAUUUAAUACAUGAAAUGUGUAUUUACUGCAUAUUAAGCUAUUUAAUUUAAAUUGUACACGAUUGAAAUACUAAUUGAUUUAUGGGACAAAUGAUACUACUCUAAAAGAGAAAAAGAGGUGGAAAAUUCUUAUCUCCAAAAGAAUUUGAUUAACAUAUUUAUUCUAUGUAACACAUUUGGUUAAAUUGAUCAGUACCUAAUCAUGUUUUUACCUAUUUCAAACAAAAGACGUGUACCUAUGCAUGUUUUAGUGCAUGUUGUUUCAGCGGUAUUUUCAUAAAAUUGACAACCUAUUUAGAUUUUUUUUUACAAGGUAGGUUAUACUCCCGAGUUGUCAUAGCCACAAAAAGCAUUAGAUAAUGGGGCUGAAUUAAUCGACCGAACUCUUCAAAAAAAAAAUGCAGCUCAAGAUUUGAAAACUUAUUAUUGUGUAGUUUCAAUGGACAUUUGUGGUCUUCAUCAUCAGUUUUCAUCAUAUAUUUCACCAUGGUGAUUUCACAAGUUACUUUGAUACUUCAAAUAUUAUAAUAAUAUCUGAAGUAUUAAAGAGAAUAUUAUAAUAAUAUUUGAAGAGUUCCUUCGAUUUCGCCAAGACAAAAUCAGAUUUCUUGGACGGACUACUUCAGAAGUAUACUGUUUUAAACCAUUAUUUUUAAAUCGGUUUAUAAACGAUGGAGUUCUCAGCUUACAAACAAAAAAAUAAAAAACAACAUAACGCCGUCCCCGGAGAAUGAAAUUAUAACUGCUAGUAUCUUAGUUUUAGUUUUAUAUCAUUUUUGUCAUCUGUGCUGGAUUCGACAUGAGAUUUAUUUUUCCAAGUUAGACUUAUCUAACUAGACUGUUGGUCCUAGGUAUGCGUAGUGGUUAAAAAUUUCAAAUGAAGUGUUUCCAAUUUUAACUGGAGUGAGUACUACAUAUAUGGACUAUUACAUGAAUUUUGUCUUAGACAUCUUCGACUCGAGACACACACACUUUGGGGCGCACUACUAAGAUUUUCUAUCAUUGUGUUUACAUCUUCCAAACUCUCAGGCAUAAGGACUACAUCAUCGGUGAAACGAAGGUGUGUAAGGUACAUACCAUUAAUCUUAGUGCCAUUCCACUCUAGACUAAAACUGGCCCGAACGCUGACUAUCUGAGCUGGAUUUAACGAUAGAUCUCUUUCUCAAAGUACUUACAUAACUGGACUUUAACCCAACCCAAAUAUAAAGUCAACAACUACGUGUUUCCCACGAAUUGGGAAAUACUACAGUGUAGUAUUAUUACAAAUUCUUUGGGAAAAACUGCUGAAAUCUUCGAACAUUGUAUUCGGGUCUUCCAAUGCACAGCCAUAACAGCCAUAAAGAGAUACCACAGCCAUAAAUAAGUAUCGGCUUACUUGUGCUUAGAAUCUAUAACCUUCCUUUCAUCAGGUGCUUAAAAAGAGUAUAAAUACCGAUAAAAACACUCAAUCUCUCACGAAUUUCAGUCUUAGAACAAAUUAUGCUAUUGUUGCAAAAUCCAUCGUCAUGUUGCUUAGAAUGUCUAGGUUCAAGCUGUUUUAAAGAACUUUGGAUAAAUUGGACUUUGUUGGAUUUGAAAGCUCUAGUGGAUUUGGUGUUGUGCUGUAAAGGUAUUUAUUGGUCCGAGUAUGAGCGACCUAUUCGGCGAAACCUUUUGACAUCUUUUCAUCAAUACGACAAGGUCGAUCUCAUGUUGGACUUUACCAUUCGGCUCAUCCAGAUUCAUUACAUUUUUUUUUUAUUUCCUAAAUAUCUCCCUUCUAAAUUUUUGCAGUUAUCUUUGAAUUCUCCGGGGACGGCAAUAAAUGAUUCAAUAUUUUUGUGUUUAUUACAUUUUGAGUUUUAAAUGACUGCUUGAGGUUUGUGUAAUAUUUUGACACACUGCAGCUUUGACCGCCAAUUAGCCUUUCAAACGUUGAUUUAUAUUUAAUAAGUGGGUGUACCUAUACACAUGAAGAAAAUGAACCUAUCUAAAGACCAAUGUAAUUAUUAUUAAUUUAAGAAAAAAUAAAGGUAUAAAAUUG